UACACUUCUACUUUGGCACUGAAUGUAGAAUUAUUGAAAUACCCACAAUACAUUCCAUUCCAUUUCUGUGUGGCGGUACUAGACGCAUCUCAAUUCUCACGCAAAUUAAAACAUUUUCAAACCAUUCCUCUCUCAUCCAUCUCCAUUCACGUUAUACGAACAAAUCCCCACAGUAUCUAGGGUUUCAACUCCAAGCUCCCGAUCUUCAAAACCAGAUCUUAGCCCAGAAGUAUUCAUUUCAAGACUUCUCGAUUAAAUACCACAGCUUGAAGUCGCUAGUUACACCGGUUGCCAUGGCUGAGGAGCAAUCGGCGGCCAACAGUACUGCGGCGGCGGCGCCUUUAGGUCACUCUGUGAUACCGAUAGUGAACAAGCUACAGGACAUAUUCGCGCAGCUUGGAAGCCAGUCGACCAUUGAGCUGCCCCAGGUAGCGGUGGUCGGAAGCCAGAGCAGCGGCAAAUCCAGCGUGCUCGAGGCGCUGGUUGGGCGCGAUUUCCUGCCGCGCGGCAGUGAUAUCUGCACACGGCGCCCGCUCGUGCUGCAACUUGUGCAGAUUAAGAGGAAGGCUGAUGGUACGGACGAGGAAUGGGGGGAGUUCCUGCAUUUGCCUGGGAAGAAGUUCUUUGAUUUCAAUGAUAUCCGGCGGGAAAUCCAGGAAAUUGUUAAAAGUAUUAGUUUCCCUCCCGAAAUAGUGCUUGAAAUAGUGCUUGAAACUCAGGGAGAUGAUUUGAUUCAUUUGGCUAUAAGUCACACGAAACCUGAGCCGGCUGAAACUGAGAGAGAAGCUGGCGGAAACAAGGGCGUUUCAGACAAACAGAUACGUUUGAAGAUUUUCUCACCAAAUGUACUCGAUAUUACUCUUGUGGAUCUACCGGGCUUAACAAAAGUUCCUGUUGGUGAUCAACCAUCAGAUAUAGAAGCACGCAUUAGAACAAUGAUAAUGUCAUAUAUCAAGCGUCCAAGUUGCUUAAUAUUGGCUGUUACACCAGCAAAUUCAGAUCUUGCUAACUCAGAUGCACUUCAAAUGGCUGGAAUUGCCGAUCCUGAUGGUUAUAGGACAAUUGGUGUAAUUACUAAGUUGGAUAUUAUGGACAGGGGUACUGAUGCCCGAAACUUUUUGCUGGGAAAAGUUAUUCCUCUUCGGCUUGGUUAUGUUGGCGUUGUGAACCGUAGUCAAGAGGAUAUUCUAUUGAACCGGAGCAUCAAGGAUGCCCUCGUGGCUGAGGAGAAGUUCUUCCGCAGUCGUCCAGUGUACAGUGAUCUUGCUGAGCGUUGUGGUGUCCCUCAGUUGGCCAAGAAGUUGAACCAGUUUCUUUCCUGGGGUUACGAGUCCGAACCUCCCGCCGGAGCCUUGCCGUGUCUCCCUCUGUGUGUCCCAUCGCUGCCUCUCCGUUGCCGGGUAACUCCUUGUUGUUGGGUGCGGCUGUUUGGGAUAAGCGCCCAUUUGGAGAGGAUGGAACACCAUUGGGAAAUGAUGGAGAACAACCUUGACGAGAGACGCACAAAUGUUUCUUCUAUCGAGGCUAUGGUCGCUGCCCUUAUGAAGGAGAAAGCAUCACUUAUGAGGCUUUGGAGGCCAUGCGGCUAUCUGGCUCUGGCGAUGACUAUUGCUGAAUUUGAAGCUCGAGUGGCUAAGGUGCCGGAUUUGUGUGACCCAGUGUUACUGUUAUCAAAUGGCAGCCAUGGCGCCAUUCUAUUGGCUCGCCAAGUCGAACGCGAAAUGAAUUUCAAGAACCCUUCAGAUAAGGAACAACCAUGUUCCUCCUAUUUUUCACAAUCCUGCUUGGCUCCUACGUCGAUUUCCAGCUCCAUGACCUCUUCGCUGCUAGAUCAGCCUAACCGCAAUUCUUGUAACUUAUCUCAUGCUGACUACUUGGACCUCAGGACGAGGUUCCCUCACCCAGAGAGUUUGGAUUGCUUGACUCGUGUAGCAUUGGUUUGCGGCAGUAUAGGCUAUUUUGACUGGGAGAGUAUUGAUAUGACACUCUUAAAUGCGUGGUGUCUUUCUUUACAUGAUAGUGGAUUUCUCGUUAUUAUUCAGAUUCUGGUGCAACAUAUUAAGACAGUUCUUCCAGGCUUGAAAGCACGCAUCAGUACUGCCCUGGUUUCUGUUGCAAAGGAGCAUGCUAGCUAUGGAGAGAUUACUGAAUCAAAGGCUGGCCAGGGUGCUUUACUACUAAACAUUCUUUCAAAGUACUCCGAAGCAUUCUCCUCGAUGGUAGAAGGAAAGUAUGAAGAAAUGUCAACAUCUGAGUUAUCCGGUGGAGCAAGAAUCCAUUACAUUUUCCAAAAUAUAUAUGUCAAGAGCUUGGAGGAUGUAGAUCCUUGUGAGGAUUUAACUGAUGAUGACAUCCGUACUGCCAUUCAAAAUGCAACUGGUCCCAAAUCUGCAUUAUUUGUGCCAGAAGUUCCAUUUGAAGUUCUCAUCAGAAGACAAAUAGCUCGUUUGUUGGAUCCAAGUCUUCAAUGUGCUAGAUUUAUAUAUGACGAGCUAAUUAAGAUGAGCCAUCGCUGUAUGGUUAAUGAAAUGCAACGGUUUCCAGUCCUGAGAAAGCGCAUGGAUGAGGUCAUAGGAAAUUUUUUGCGAGAUGGUCUUGAGCCUUCAGAGACAAUGAUCGGUCAUAUUAUUGAGAUGGAGAUGGAUUACAUAAAUACUUCCCAUCCAAAUUUUAUUGGUGGUAGUAAAGCUGUAGAGACCGCCUUACAACAGAUUAAGACCUCUAGAAUUGGCACAUUAUCGAAGGCGAAGGACUCGGGAGAUGCAGAUAAAGCACCAAAUUCAGAGAGAAGUCUGAAAUCUCGUGCUAUCCUUGCACGCCAAGCGAACGGAAUUGUUCCGGAGCAGAAUGCUCGACCUAUUGCUGAAGUUGAGAAGACAGCACCUCCCGUUAGCAAUGCUAGUUCGAAUUGGGGAAUAUCUUCUAUUUUUGGUAGCCAUGAUAAUCGGACAUCUGUGAAAGAGAACUCAACCAGCAAACCCUUCAGCGAACCUGUUCAGAUCAUGGAGCAGGGCAUCUCAAUGAUUUAUUUGAGAGAGCCCCCCAGUGUAUUGAGGCCCUCGGAAACACACUCGGAUCAAGAGGCUGUUGAGAUUGCUGUCACAAAGUUGUUACUAAGAUCAUAUUAUGAUAUUGUACGGAAGAAUGUCGAGGAUUCUGUACCAAAAGCAAUUAUGCAUUUUCUGGUAAACCAUACCAAACGAGAGCUUCAUAAUGUCUUCAUCAAAAAGCUUUACAGAGACAAUUUGUUCGAAGAGAUGUUGCAGGAACCAGAUGAGGUGUCCAUGAAGAGAAAGCGCACCCGAGAGACACUUCGUGUUCUGCAGCAAGCAUUCCGAACUCUAGAUGAAUUGCCCCUUGAAGCUGAGUCUGUGGAGAGGGGCUACAAUUUGAAUAGUGACCCGACAGGCCUGCCAAAGAUCCACGGGCUUCCGACUUCGUCUUUGUAUAAUGCGGGCAGUGGUUUGACCGACACAUACAGUGCUUCUCCAAAAAACACCAAGUCUCGUAAGUCUUCACAUUCAGGUGAGCUGCACUCUUCAUAUUAUGGAGAUUCUAACGGUGGACGUAAUUCUAUGUUGGGUCUUUAUCCUACGGUCGAUAUUUAGACUCUGGGAAUAUGAAUGGUAUGGGCUGAGUUCUUUUGAUGGGGGCACGUUGAUAAUUAUCUUUGGAUGAUUUGGAGACCUAAUGUUUGUGGAUAUGACUGACAGUGGGGUCUGUAUUCUUUCUUAUAUAGUAUUUGUUCUUUUCUUCUAAAUUAUGAUUUGGUUAUAAAUGGCUUGCAUACAAAAGCUCCAAUAAAGAAAAAGGAGCCACCUUUUGAUGAUCUUCCCUCAUAUAGUUGUGUUGCUGCAAAUUUUCAAUGCUGUUUUGUUUGCUGUAGCAUAUGUAUGGAGGCUACAUUGGUAAAACUAGUUGGACAUGAAUUAUUUAUUUGAGGUUGCGAAUUUUCUGAUAAGCUGUCUAUGGAAGAUUUACUGAAUAGAAUCUGCUAGUUUUGUUUUGUUUUGUUUCUGUUAUUUCUGUGUAAUUUUCUCCAAGUACAGGCGAGUACAUAAGUUUAUUUGCUUGUUCUUUUUGUUG